AACUCUUACAGAUAAAAUCAAAUUAAAGUACAAACAGCAUGUCUCUUAUUACAGGGAGUAUUAAAUCUAUUUUAUCAAUUAAAAUUAAACACAGACAUGAUAGCUACAGUGAUCAAAUAUCAAGAAUUUUUGUGGCCAAAUCCUUUAUGGUUGCAAGUUUAGUAAUAGGAGUUGAUUGGUUCCGCGAUAAUGUUUUCUGCACUCUCCCGAAAAAUUCAAUCAUAAAUGAAGAUUUUGUACAUAAAGCAUGUUGGAUCCAGGGGUUUUAUAUUUACCCACAAAUGGAAAACUACGCUGAUCGUUCUGCAUAUUAUGGGAUACCACAAUAUGUUGAAAUAGAUGGCAUAAGAAAAGACAAUAUGGACUUGUGUAAAACAAGGAAAAAGCUUUACGAAUUAGACAAGAUGUGCACGCCAAUGGAAAAAUACUAUUUUUCUCAUUAUCAAUGGAUGCCAUUUUACAUGGCUAGUUUAUCAACUUUAUUUUACCUACCAUAUGUUUUAUACAGACUAAUUAACGCCGAUAUAAUUAGUUUGAGGCAACAUUUAAAAAACUCUAAGACUGAAGUCAAUGAUAUUGUUGAUAACUACUUUAAUCGUGAAUUAAACACAAAACGUAAAAUGAGAUACAGAAUUUUUGCAAACAUUUUAAUAAAAUGUGCUUAUGUUGGUAUUAAUGCAUUCACUUUUAAUCUCCUCAAUCAUAUUUUAAACCAUCGAUACCGCGACUACGGAGUGAAUUGGUUGAAGUGGCUUCAAUAUAAUUCAUCUAUGGCUUUAAACUAUAAUUUAAGAAAAAUACCUACUCCUGGUAAUAAAAUGCUUCCUACUUUUGGAUAUUGUGAUGUACACGAGCUUGCAAUGGAUGGUGAAUCUGCUAUUGAUAACAAAAAUAAAGUUUUGUGUGAAAUCUCCUCGAAUAUUUUGUAUCAAUAUGUGCUAAUGGUCAUAUGGUUUGUUUUGAUUCUGUCAAUUACUGCAUCUAUUAUUGGUGUUUUUGUGUACAUAUUAACUCAUUUGAUUAAUAUUUUCUACCUUGUUAGAAGUGAAAAAAACUCGAAGUUUAUUUACCGUUUCUUGACAUUCAGAGAAUGUGAAUAUCUAGAGUUCAUUCGUCAAAGAAAUCUUGCUCUUUAUGGAAAUGUAGUUAGAGAAAUAAACGCUAAAAUAGUCCUUAAUUCAAAUACAAUACCAACAAACAAUCACAUAGCAAAUAAUAAACAAAUGGCAACAAACGAGACAAUAAAAAACAAUAUAAAAGAAAACGAUUUAAUGUUUAUUAUGGCAAAAAAAGAAGGAAAAACACAAACACUCAAUGGAAUUCCGGGACGAUUGAAUUCUUACGAAACAAAUGCAUAAAACCUUUAAAUUUACUUUUUAAUGCAGCUCAAACAUUUAGCCACUGAAUAGUAAAUAAUUUAUUGUAUAAAAAAAUGUAAGCUUAAUGCUUUAUGCACAUUACAUCUAAUAAUAGCAAUAAACUAUUUUUUAAUUA